AUGGGCGUCAUCACUCACCCCAACAUUCGCGACGGAUGGUUCCACGAGACCAACUCGCAGUGGCCCGGUCAGGCCAUGAGCCUCGAGGUUCAGCGCAUCCUCCACCACGAAAAGUCGCUCUUCCAGGAUGUCCUCGUCUUCGAGUCUACCACCUUCGGCAACGUCCUCGUCCUCGAUGGUGUCAUCCAGUGCACGGAGCGUGACGAGUUCUCCUAUCAGGAGAUGAUCGCCCACCUCCCCAUCGCUUCCCACCCCAACCCCGAGCGUGUCCUCGUCAUCGGCGGUGGUGACGGCGGUGUCCUGCGUGAGGUCGUCAAGCACGACUCGGUCAAGGAGGCCGUUCUCUGCGACAUUGACGAGGCCGUGCCCCGUGUUUCCAAGCAGUACCUCCCCAAGAUGGCCGAGGGUCUCACCCACCCCAAGUCCACCGUCAUCAUCGGCGACGGUUUCGCUUUCCUCCAGGACCCCAAGAACAAGGCUAGCUUCGACGUCAUCAUCACCGACUCGUCCGAUCCCGUCGGCCCCGCAGAGGCCCUCUUCCAGCAGCCUUACUUUGCUCUCCUCAAGGGAGCACUCAAGCCCGGCGGACAUAUCUCCACUCAGGCCGAGUGUGUCUGGAUUCACCUCAACCUCAUCGGCGAACUUCGACGAUCCACCAAGGAGCUCUUCCCCGUCGCCGACUACGCCUUCACCACCAUCCCCACCUAUCCCUCUGGUCAGAUUGGUUUCGUCGUCUGCUCGCUCGACGCCAACCGAAACGUCCGCGAACCUUUGCGCGAGGUUCCCGACUGCCGUUACUACAACUCGCAGGUUCACAAGGCCGCCUUCACCGUCCCCGAGUUUGCUCGCAAGGUCAUCGAGGAUGGUGCUCCCGCCCCUGGCCGCGUGAUCCCCACCGGCGAAGGUGUCUCCAAGACCCAGCGUGCCCCCAAGAAGGUCCUCCUCCUUGGCUCUGGCUACGUCGCUGGUCCUUUCGCCCGGUACAUCGCCCGCUUCCCCGAAUACAGCCUCACUGUCGCUUCCUCCAAGCUCGAGAACUCGGAGCGCUUGAUUGAAGGUUUCUACAACGCCACCGCCGCUGCCGUCGAUGUCAACGACUCUGCCGCGCUCUCGCAGAUCAUCAAGGGUCACGACGUUGUUGUGUCGCUGAUUCCAUACAUCUACCACGCUGCCGUCAUUAAGGCAGCUUGCGAGCACAAGGUCAACGUCGUCACCACCUCGUACGUCUCGGACGCCAUCCGCGCUCUCGAAACCGAGAUCCAAAAGGCCGGCAUCAUUGUCAUGAACGAGAUCGGUCUCGACCCUGGUCUCGACCACCUCUACGCCGUCAAGGCCAUCGACGACGUCCACGCCGAGGGAGGCAAGAUCAAGUCGUUCCUCUCCUACUGCGGUGGCUUGCCCGCUCCCGAGGCUGCUGACAACCCUCUCGGCUACAAGUUCUCGUGGUCCUCGCGCGGUGUCUUGCUUGCCCUCCGAAACACGGCCAAGUUCUGGCAAGAUGGCAAGGAGCUCACCGUCUCCGGUCAUGAGCUCAUGGCCGCUGCCCAGAGCUUCUACAUUAACCCCGCCUUUGCCUUUGUCGCCUACCCCAACCGCGACUCGACCCCCUUCAAGCAGUGGUACAACAUCCCCGAGGCCGAGACCGUCAUUCGCGGUACCCUCCGAUACCAGGGCUUCCCCGAGUUUAUUCUGGCUCUUGUCAAACUCGGCUUCCUCGACGAGGAGGCCAAGGAGUUCCUCGCCUACAACACAAAGGCAUCGUGGGCUGAGGUUACCGCCAAGAUGGUUGGUGCCAGCUCGACCUCUGAGACCGACCUGAUCGCUGCCAUCAAGGCCAAGGUUUCGUUCAAGUCGGCACAGGAGGAGGAGACCAUCAUUCGCGGUCUUCGAUGGCUUGACCUUUUCAACACCAAGGCUCCCGUCACUGUUCGCGGCACUGCUGCUCAGGAGGCCGAGAAGGUGGCCGGCAACCCUCUCGACUCACUCUGCGCGACGCUCGAGGAAAAGUGCGCUUACGCUCCUGGCGAACGUGACAUGGUCAUGCUGCAGCACAAGUUUGAGAUCGAGACCGCUUCGGGAGAGCACAAGACGCUCACCUCGACCUUGCUCGACUACGGUAUCCCGCACGGCGUCUCGUCUAUGGCCAAGCUGGUUGGUGUGCCGUGCGCCAUUGCUACGCGUCUCAUUCUGGAGGGUCACCCGGCUCUGUCCAAGACCGGCAUCCUGGCUCCUUACACCAAGGAGAUCUGCGACCCUAUCCGCCUCGAGCUGGAGAAGGAGGGCAUUGCUCUCGAGGAGCGAUACGUUUGA